AUGGUCGGAAUUGGCGGCGGUGUUCCCGGAAAGGUCGACAUACGGCUUGGUGAUGUUGUGAUUAGCAACCCGACAGCAGACUCCCCGGGUGUCAUACAGUAUGACUUUGGAAAAGCUGUCAACGAUGGUCGGUUCGAGCGAAUCGGAAGCCUGAACAAACCUCCCCAACUGGUUCUCGCGGCUGUCUCCAGGUUACGAGCUAACCACGAAAUCAGACCGAGUCAGAUCCCGGCAAUUCUAGCCCAUAUGAGAAUACGCUACCCCGACAUGGUUGAAUAUUCACGUCAAGGCGUCGAUGAAGACCGGCUCUUCGAAGCAUCAUACGAACACCCCGGGGAAAGCGCUUGUUGCGACAACUGCGAUAGGUCCAAGCUGGUGCCACGCAUUCCUAGGCCGACAAAUAACCCCACCAUUCAUUACGGGAUCAUUGCAUCUGGUAAUCAGGUCAUGAAACAUGGGAGAACAAGAGACCGUCUAGCGAAAGAUCUCGGGUUGAUAUGCUUCGAGAUGGAAGCCGCAGGCAUGAUGGACAAUUUCCCAUGCCUCGUCAUUCGUGGCGUCUGUGACUACUCGGAUUCUCACAAAGCAAAGCGAUGGCAGAGAUAUGCGGCAGCCACUGCGGCAGCUUACGCAAAGGAGCUUCUGCUCAUGAUGCCACCCCAAGAAAACUUGACUCUUGAGACGCAACUAGAAAGGCAGAAAACAUCAACGCCAUCCCCAGAUCGCAAGAAGCUUCUAGACUCACUCAAGUUUGAUCAGAUUGAUAAGCGGCACGCCAAUAUCAAGGACAAUCAUGCCAAAACCUGCGAGUGGCUUCUCGAACAUCCUGACUAUACCACCUGGAUAGACCGUAAGAUGUACUCUCAGCAUCACGGCUUUCUCUGGAUCAGGGGGAAACCGGGGGCAGGAAAGUCAACGAUCAUGAAGUUCGCCUUCACCCGAGCGAGGAGAAGAGCCGCAUCGAUCGGACCUUCCAUUUCAUUCUUUUUUAACGCCAGAGGCGAAGGGCUCGAGAAGUCGACGCUGGGAAUGUAUCGGUCACUCUCACAUCAGCUUUUGGAGAAAAUGCCCGAUCUACAGGUUUUGCUCGACACGAACGACGGACCCCAAGAAAUCGCACAGUGGGAUUUGGAAAAGACCAAGACUCUCUUCCGCAGCGCCGUCCGGAAACUCGGACAACGGCAACUUACUUGUUUCAUUGACGCCCUCGACGAGUGCGCCGAGGAGGAAGUUCGAGACAUGGUCAAGGUCUUUGAAGACCUAGGACAAUAUGCGGUUCAGCGCGACAUCCGAUUCUAUGUUUGCCUUUCUAGUCGACAUUACCCAUACAUCGAUAUCCAAUACGGCCAAAAGCUCAUCCUAGAAGACCAAACUGGUCAUGAGAAGGACCUCGCAGAGUAUGUUCACACGAGUCUUAAGGCUGGUAGCGGAUCCAGGAGCGAGGAAGUCAUAGCCGAGAUCCUUCGGAAAGCCUCUGGUGUCUUUAUGUGGAUCGUUCUCGUUAUCGACAUACUGAACAGAGAGUAUGAACGGGGUCGCGUGUUUAAAAUCAAGAGCCGCUUAGAGGAGAUCCCAUCCAAAUUAAGUGAGCUCUUCCAAAACAUGUUAACCAGAGACAAAGAGAAUCUCGACGAUUUGCUUCUAUGUAUUCAAUGGAUUCUCUACGGUACACGACCUCUAAAACGCGAAGAAUACUAUUUCGCCUUGGCCUCCGGCUUGGAGCCCGACACGCUGGGAGAGUGGGAUCCCAAUGAGAUCCCGUUUGAAUUCAUGGAUCGUCUGAUUGUCAGCUCGUCUAAGGGACUGGCUGAAACAACGAGGUCCGAUGAUAAGACUGUCCAAUUCAUUCACGAAUCCGUACGUGACUUUCUUAUCAAAGACAAUGGGCUGCGUACUCUCUGGCCAGAGAUGGGCACUGAUUUCGAGGCCCAAAGCCACAAUCGAUUACGGGACUGCUGCCAUGAAUACUCGACUCAAGUCAACAUUUCUAAACACUUGCACGAUGACAAAUUUUUAUUUCGUACAUCCAAAAAGGAAUCUAUCGAUUUCCAAGCCGCAAUCGACCGUGGCUUCCCCUUCCUAAAGUAUGCAACCAGCCAAGUACUCUACCACGCCAAUGCCGCUGCCCAGACCGUCACACAGACCGGGUUUCUCCAACACUUUCCCUUGAAACAAUGGAUCCAAAGAAGCAAUAUUUUCGAAAAGCAUAAAACCAGAAGGCAGAAGUAUGGUGCUACGAACCUCUUAUAUAUCGUUGCGGAAAGGGGUUUGACGAGACUGGUUGAGACAGCGCUCCACCAUGACCCGGAUGCUGAAGCACGUGGAGGCCGCCAUGGCUACCCAGUCCUUGCGGCUCUGAAAGAAGGCCACGACGACGCCGCAAGAUUCUUGCUGCAAUGGAUUGCAAGCUCUGCAAGAGAAAUUGCGUCUACAUCAUACAGUAACCCGGGAUCCGAGACGAGCAGCCAAGUGCACCCUAGCAUUGACUGCACGGACAAAGAAGGACGUACGCCCCUCUACUUUGCUGCAGAAAGAGGGCAAGUCGAUAUCGCCGAAAUGCUAUUCGACUUGGGUGCGCAUCCUUACCCUAUGUCGGCGAACUUUUCCUAUAGCCCUCUAAUUCGCGCUGCCGAAAAGGGUCAGGAAGCGUUGUUACGGCUCAUUCUCCAAAGGCAAUCUAGGUUCGCUACCAACACGAUUUCACAACCAUCAUUAUCUGUAGACAACUAUGAAGACGUCAAAAAAGCCCUCAUCGGGGCGGCUGAAACCGGAAAUACGGGCACUGCGCAAAUUCUGCUUGAGACGGGCAUCAGCAUCGAUGCCGGCAUUUUUGAGCACCGAAGAGAUAGCGGCAGAAUCAUACUCUCUCGUGGAAAGUCGCAACAAGAAUCCGAUAGUGGAACUUCGGAUUUUAGGAAAAUUGUGAACAAGUCCGGACAGACCGCUCUCUUCUUAGCCCGACCCUUCACGUACAACCAAGUUCUACGGGACCUGUUGUAUGCAGGUCUGGAUCCAACUCAUCAAGAUAAUAUGGGCCAGAACUUCCUCCAUGAGGCAUGUAAGCUAUACGAUGCGAGCCCUGUAUAUCUUGAAGAUGUGGAGAAGGCCGUUGAGAACGGUCUCGAAAUUGACGGACGAGACUACGAGGGACGGACCCCUCUUAUGAAUGCUGCUAAGAAAGGGAAUGAUCCAUUCGUCGGAUUUCUGCUGCAAAAUGGGGCCAACCCCAACGCGAGGGACAACAAAGGUCCCUUCUCGAUGGAGGUGCUGAUGUCACAGCACCAGGCCCAGAAGGUGAAAGUUUACUGA